AUGCCAGACAUCACACUCUAUUUCCUACAAGCAUCCCGAUCCAUCAGGAUUGCCUGGCUACUGGAGGAGCUAGGCCUUGACUACAAGCUCGAAAGUUAUGAUCGCGAGGAUACGGGUCUAGCUCCUGCAGGAUUUAAACAAUCCUGCGGGACGGUAUUGGGGAAGGCGCCUGUCCUCAAGGAUGGAAAUCUCACGAUUCAGGAGAGUGGAGCCAUCACCGAGUAUCUCUGCGAGCAUUACGACAAGUCCCACCGCCUCCUCCCUACAGACCAAGCCCAACGUGUCAAAGUGCGCGAAUGGAUCCACGCAGCGGAAGGUGCCUUCAUGGUCCACUGCCUCCCAACGGUGUAUGUCCGACGGAUUGACGCCUCUGCCGCUGAGAAACUUGGGCCAGGUCUAGCAGGGAACGUAGCUAAAGACCUUGACUGGCUAGAAGCCGAGCUGAAGGGGGGCAAUGGAGGGUAUUUGGUGGGCGACCACGUCACUGCUGCGGACACCAUGGUAGCCUUCUCCAUUCAGUUCAUCUUCUGGUUGAAAUUGGCGCCGCAGGAUAGGAAAUGGGAGGAUAUUGAGGCAUGGCUGAGGAACGUAGAGGCUGCAGAGACGUAUCAGCGUGCUGUAGCCAAGACUGGGCACCACCUUUAG